AGUAUUCAUUUUCACUUUUUUACUAGACCGAGCAGAGUCGGAUGUGCACAAGCCUAUAAAUAUUACGGACUUCCAGGACACAUUGAACACCGUAAAUGUAACGAAACUCGUCACCCUGACAUAUGUUCGUUUAAAAAAACAAAGUCUGGAAAUCAUAGAUUGUUAUGUAAUGCUGAGGUUUGUGGGUCCUCGAAUGUCACCAUAGGCUCUGUAAAUGCAAAAAUGGGCAAAGUCACUGACUGGAUUCCUACAUCCAAGGAUACAAUAACUGUAACUGUACAAGAAGCCGUAAAAACAAACCAAAAAAACGGCUUUGGCUUUCUGUACAUAAAGUGUGGGAAUAUUCUUCAGUCGCUCAUCUUCCAACCGAUCCUAAAGAAAGUCGAAAAUAACAGCGUGAGAAACAACAUAAAUGUUAACAUCGUUGUGCUGGACUCUGUGGCGAGACCGCAUUUUUAUCGAAUUCUACCAAGAUCAGUGGCGGUACUCCGCGCGAUUUCACAAGAUCCCGAUAUCAAGGCGACUGCGUUGGAUUUUGAGUUGUUUCAGAGUGUUGGUCAACAUAGUUUUGACAACCUGAGGCCUUUGUUUUCUGGUGUUAUCAAAGGUAAACGUUAUGCGGGAACGGAUCCAGGAAUUUUUGAUUCGGGGGUCCAAACUUUGGUUGAGAAAGGAUUGUUGAACUUUUUUGUGGUAUAUUACUUCUCCUCCACACCCCCUUCCACCAGUCGUGGUUGUACGUUAUAAUUCCUUGAACCCUAACCGUCUACUUGAACUCUACUCGUAAAGGAUGCACCCUUGCAUCAUCCUCCUCUUGUGCUAAGCGUCAGCUCUGAUAGGGAGCUUAGGCAAUGGCGACGGCAAUGAGAACGUCAAAAAGCAAAAAAUUACAAUUUUAAACAUGAAGCACACUUUUUGGUACAAUACUUUGCCUUAACCUUACGACCACUAGGUCCUUAUGCGACGUUUUAUGGACGAAGAUUUUUUCCCUUUCCAAUCUCGGAUGUGGUAUCCAAGAAUUCGACUCCAGAGAAAUUCACACUGACCUACUAGUUUCAAUCACGAGUUGUAACAAUUGCGACAAAGUUAAAAGAAUGCGAAUUCUUUUCAAUAGUACAAUAUUCAUCCCUGGGUAUUGUUAUUCAUGACAUUAUAAUAAGGUAUGGGGAAUCAAGCUGACCUGGGACAAGACCAAGACAGACUGAAUUGAAUACAGGUAAUCUGGAACCCGAUUUACUCGCUGGGGAGGGAAGGUGGGUGGCUAUACGUCCUUAGUGUUGGACAAAGUGAAGUGAAUGGGACAAUGCGUGACAGUGUUUCCUAUUAGAUAUACUCAUUUGCAUGUCAUUAAUUAAUCCCCAGGGAUGAUCUUUACAAUUCAAAUGGAAUGUGAACGGCCGUUGUCGCUGCCGUCGCCUUCGUCGUUGGGUUAAAGCUUCCUGCUGGCUGGCCUUAUUUAGCGAUGUUGAAGGCAAGGCCAAGGAGGGAAGGGUGUUGGAAUGUCAGUUAUUAUCAGUAAAUUUUCUAUGUAGUUUUUCAUUGUUGUUAGAUGUCCAGGCUGAGCCAUCUGUAAAAAGUGUAAUUCAUUUGUUUAUUUACUAUAAAAAACAACAGCGUGUGCAAACGAACGAACCCAAGCUCCCGACCUGCCUAGUCCCUGUACGGCUUCUUUCCAGGCCUAUUCGGGCAACGCAUUUCGAAGUCGUAUCCGAGACGAACACUCGAUCGGACCACGUGACCCGGAAAGCAUAGGCUGCACGGGUAAUAAUGAGGCCUAGGGACUAGGCGGGGUCCCUACGAGGUCAUUGACCCUAUAAACCGCGAUAAAUUUGGGGGCUUUGGCGUUCGUCCCUGGGAGCUGCUGUUAAUACUUCUUGUUUCAUCAGUUCAUUUAAUCGCAAGCUUGUUGUGCGUAGUACAAAUAACCUUAAAAACAUGAAAUUGCACUUUUUGUUGGCUUUAGUUUUUCUUCGGAUACACGGGAUUUCCACCUUUUUUCCUGAAAAUCACACACUUCCCCAUUCCAAUUGGCCUUUUGCAAUUAAGUUUGAUCCCGAGAUGCAAAGUGUCUUUCGGAUGUGCAAGGUGCGGAAACUUCUUAAACGGGUCCUUACAAGCUCCUAGUUGUUUCGUGGGAAAGUAAAUUGCAUAUCAUGACCUUUUAGCUCCAUUCAGAUUUAAUUCUACACUGUUUUUUUCUUUUUCUAUAGAUGACGAUGAAAUCAGUGACCGAGCAAAGACCGCAAAGGACCCUCUGGGGGUAGAAGUGUUGUUUGGGGCCUUCAGUAAAUGGGGCUACCAGACUCUCUUCCAAGAAGAUCUUUGUUGGUACGACUACUGGGGUAUUGGAUUGACGGACCUUCAAGUAAGAGCAAGGCCUGAUGGAGAUUCUGAAUUUAAAGACAGGUACCUUCGUUAUACUCCUGACCAUAAGUUUAGAGAGAAAGGUACCAAUAUUAUGAAAUACCUGGAAAAAUAAUGGGGCCGUAGCAUUUAGUUCAAUUACAAAGGAAACGGUACCUUUCUUUAUAUUAGGGACGUUAAGCAAAUCGCUACGGCGACCUCUAUUACGGCGGCCUCGUGGAUACGGAGUCGUGGGGAGAGUAUCUUCAAGAGACACCACGGUAGUCAGCCAUCUUUAAGCAAGCGGCACCCAAACAGUGACUACAGGAUUUUCGCACAUUCACUUUCGCUGUCAGUAAAACGCAGGGAAGACGUAAUUACCGGAAAACCAGACUGGGCGUCAAAUACUUUCUUGAUAAAGUGAAAAAAAAAUCUAUGCAUGAUAGGUUUUCAAACCAGCGAUAGUUAAAAUAGGAGAAAACUCGAAUUUUAUACUCACGUAGUAGCGACUACGCCACAAGACUGGUCUUCACCGUGUACGAUUUGUCGCUACGGCGAGAGGUCAUGCGCACUGCGUCGUUUAUGAGCUAUUUUACUUCCGGCCACCACUGCAAAGUUAAAACUUGAGUCAAACUUAGUCACACGUACACUGAAGGGGCCAUAAAAAUUUUCCUUAUUAACGGGGUGUUUGUAUUAAGAGGGUGUCCAUAAAGCGAGAUUUGACUGUAUAGUUAGUUGUUUGCUUGUUUGUGUUUUUUCUUAGAUUGCCAAAGUCAGUUCCGACUUCUCCGAUAGCCGUUUCAGUCCAUACGAUUAUUUGGGUGCUACUAUGGGAAAAAUUGCAUUUAGUGCACAGUCAAAGUGCGCAUAACCUAAAACAUGUUCUUCUGUUAUCUGAAAGUACACACUACUUAGAGAAUUUUUAGUUUACGAAAAAAAAUGCGAUUUGAAGAAAACGUCACUUUUAUAACGAAGUUUUAAAGUGUCUUUUUUAAUGCCUACGUUAAAGGUGCUACUAUGAGAAAAAAUGUAUUCUGUUGCAGAUGGAGUGAAUUCCAAAAUCGAGUGAGUACAAAACAUAUUGACGGCUUUGGCCUGACACACUUUUCCUGCACAGUAUAUAAAAAAUACAGCAUGACAAACCCUUACGAGACUCCACCUCAGAUUUGUCUAAACGGGGAGUUUUACAGUCAGUAUUUCCUGGAUUACAUAACGAAAGUUUACGCUGCCAUGAACAAAGACGAAAAGGCCAAAUCGAUGCUGUCUUUUAUACACUUUAACACUGGACACGAGCAUACUGGGGUACGAAUGAUCAACAUGGAUGCCAACUUGGCAAAGUUCUUUGUGAAUAUAGUUCAGAGUCCGGACACUCUUACUGUGAUAUUUUCCGACCAUGGCAACAAGAAUACCCAGUAUAGCUAUACUGACGAAGGGAGAAGAGAGAUUUUUGAUCCGUUCCUGUUUAUGAUAAUUCCAGACCAAGUGGCUGAAAAGCUCGGCCAUCAGCGAAUGACGGCCCUGGUUGAAAACCAAAAGCGUCUAUUUACGUUGCUGGACCUACAUAGAGCACUUGUGUCUUUAAACCAUCCUGAACUAAUGAGCUCCCAGAAUUCCACUGCAGUAGGAAUAUUUUCUGUUUUACCAGCAAACCGCACAUGUGCAGAUUUGCAGUUGAUGCCGCUGACCAGGUGCAAGUGUGAAGGGUUCGACGAUUAUAGUCGGGCAGAAGACAACUCAAAAAACCACAAAUGGCUAGCGGAGUUUGCACUCGGGACCUUAAAUGAUGCCAUACAGACACAACAUUUAGGAGGUACAUGUAAUUGUGUGCUUAUUUAAUAAGCAACUACCACGACGAGGCCAGGGUAACGUCACUAAAAAGUAAAUUUCCAUUCUUUAAACUCGUCAUUAUUCUGUCUCAUGUGACAGGGGUGUGCAUUCAAGUAUAAAAAGGGAAAGAAAAAUUCGUUGUGAUGUAAUCACGUCCGUUAUUGAACCGUCGAACUGACAAAUUUCAUUUCCAAGUUGGGCGGAGGAGGCCAAAGAAAUAUACUAAAAGUGUGAUGGACUGGCACAUCAUGUUACGCUGUGAAAAAAAAUUGACGUUACAGCCUCUUAUUGGUUUAGAUAGCGGCCCGAGGUUAUUCACUUAACUCAUAGAAAUCACCAAAUUGUUUUGAAGCUCAAAGAAAACGAUCUCUACACCGGGGCGAGCAAAUUGUAAACAUUCUCUACUUUCAGUGUUCGUAAAAGACACCAUGAGCUGGUCUAAAACGGUAGUAACCUGCGAACGUGCCUACUUCCAAAUGUUAGGGAGUUUAGCAAAGGCGGUUUUGAAUUUUGAGUGACACACGUCAACCGGAUGUGAGGCGUUUUCCCCUUUAAUAUAUCUUGAAGCUGCCAAAUUCGUAAUGCUUAGCGUCUUUGUUGUUAUAAAGACGACUUACCCAAAAAUUUAGGAAGAAGUUUGCAAAAAGUACACUUCCAGUUGACGCGUGUCGCUCAAAAACGUCUUUCUUAAAACUCCCUAUUGACUGUUUAACGAGUUGUUUCCGUUCGUUUUUUACAGGUGCUGGUGAAGUUGUAACCUCAUCCCAAAGGUAUGGCUAUGGAAACUGUCAGCGCUUGGUGGGGAAAUCAUUUACUAAUAUUUUGCAACGUUUCCAAGGAGACUACAUCUUGACGACAAUGGAUCUCCACGUGGUUCCUCCAGCUGGUUUUACAGAAGACGAAGUCUUUAAAGUUUCUUUGAAAAACUACGCAAAGCCAGAAGACAAAGUUUGGUUGACAAGUUAUACUCGCCAGUCCAGAUAUAGCAAGUUUAAGACAUGCGCAGACAAGUCAGUUGACGUUAGACUUUGCGCAUGCGCUAUUGAUCAAACUAAUCUUGCUGAAUCAGUCAGCGAUGGGGUUCCGAGUAAAAUGUUUGGUUCGGAGACCGUUGUAAAAUACCUCCACUCAGGAUGUCUUUUGUUUCUGAGAAGGGAUCACGGAUCAACCUCUUUAGCGUUGGAAGUAGCAAACGUAUGCUACGAUCGCACUUACAAAUUUAAACUGGAUGGUGGAGGAACUGAGAGGCUUUUUUCUAGAACCCUUCCAAUAAAUGUUGAAUUGCUACCCAGGUCAUUUUAUUUUCUAACAUCCAUUACGAAAUAUGCGUCGAAAUUCACCCAUCAAUUAUAUUUUACAGCAAGUGUAGAAGUUAAAAAUGACAAUUCAGAAGAUUUUAUAAACUUGGGAGAACAUGACGUGUCUGAGUAA